GGACGCGGUAGUGGCUAGCGAGAGUGCCAGGCCUAGGGUUUUCUGUGUCCUUCCCCGGGUCAGGGACGAGCCAGUGACUUGAGUCUUGGGCACUAAGCCCGGGUGCGAGUGCAGCAGGCCGCGGUCCCGUCUGUCCGGUUCACGUCACCCUUCUCUCCCUCUCCUGCUCUACCCGCAGCCACUUGGACGGCUCCGGGACUGCCUGGGGCAGGGGUGGCGGUCGCGGCCACUGGGGCUGAGGCAAGGCUGUGGCUUUCGGAGCAGGAAUAGCAGCAGUAGCACUGGGGAGGAAGAGAGAAGAUGGCGUCGGAGCUGGAGACCGAGGUGCAGGCCAUCGACCGGAGUUUGCUGGAAUGUUCGGCUGAGGAGACCGCAGGGAAAUGGCUGCAAGCAACUGACCUCACUAGAGAAGUGUACCAGCAUUUAGCCCACUAUGUACCCAAAAUCUACUGCAGGGGUCCCAACCCUUUUCCACAGAAAGAAGACAUGCUGGCACAGCAUGUUUUGUUAGGACCGAUGGAAUGGUACCUUUGUGGUGAAGAUCCUGCAUUUGGAUUUCCAAAACUUGAACAGGCAAACAAACCUUCUCAUCUUUGUGGUCGCGUUUUUAAAGUAGGAGAGCCUACCUACUCUUGCAGAGACUGUGCAGUUGAUCCAACUUGUGUUUUAUGCAUGGAGUGCUUUUUGGGAAGUAUUCACAGAGACCAUCGAUAUAGGAUGACAACGUCAGGAGGUGGAGGUUUCUGUGACUGUGGUGACACGGAAGCUUGGAAAGAGGGUCCUUACUGUCAAAAACAUGAACUUAACACCUCUGAAAUUGAGGAAGAAGAGGUAAAAACAUUUUCACAAAGUUGUUUUAAAGAAAUGCUGUUUAACCACCAGUUUGAAAUAUUUCCAGAAAUAGGAAUUAGAGAGAAGAGUGACACCUACUAUUGCAUGCUGUUUAAUGAUGAAGUUCACACGUAUGAACAAGUUAUUUAUACUCUUCAGAAAGCUGUUAACUGUACACAAAAAGAAGCCAUUGGUUUUGCAACUACAGUAGAUCGAGAUAGAAAUACCAGUAGACAGACAAAGCCACUCAAAGUUCAAGUUAUGCAUUCAUCUAUUGUCGCGCAUCAGAAUUUUGGUUUGAAACUUUUGUCUUGGCUGGGAAGUAUUAUUGGAUAUUCAGGUAGAAGCAGAAGAGUGCUUGUACAGUUGGGUUUGAAGGAGAAGUUUAAAGAUGAUUCCCCGGUUUCUGACUUGCAGCUGAGUGAAUGUUAACUUUGGAAAUGUGCUAGGAGUGUAUAUCAUCAGUUGUUCAUGAGCAGUCUGCUUAUGGAUUUGAAAUACAAGAAACUCUUUGCUGUUCGAUUUGCAAAAAAUUACCAGCAGUUGCAGAGAGAUUUUAUGGAAGAUGAUCACGAGCGAGCAGUGUCGGUGACUGCUCUGUCUGUCCAGUUCUUCACCGCACCUACUCUGAACUAUGAGCGUUUGCAGAGUGAUUAUGUGACAGAUGACCACGACAGAGAGUUUUCAAUCGCAGACCUCUCGGUUCAGAUAUUCACGGUUCCUUCGCUUGGAAUGGAUCCAAUUAUACGUCAAGUAGGACAACAUAUUGAAAUGGAACCGGAGUGGGAAGCAGCCUUUACACUACAAAUGAAAUUAACACAUGUCAUUUCAAUGAUGCAGGACUGGUGUGCUUUAGAUGAAAAAGUGUUAAUUGAAGCUUACAAGAAAUGUCUCGCUGUACUGAUGCAGUGUCAUAGUGGUUUUACUGAUGGUGAACAGCCAAUCACACUAAGCAUUUGUGGACAUUCAGUGGAAACUAUCAGAUACUGUGUUUCCCAAGAAAAAGUUAGCAUUCACCUUCCAGUUUCUCGCUUACUUGCAGGUAAAGCAUUUCCCCUAAAAGAGAACCCUAAAAUUAUCUUUUGUUUGUGGUUAAUAUUUAUGAAUACCUACUAUGUGCCAGGCAUUAUUCUGAGAGUUUUACAUGCAUUAACUUAUUUAAUCAUCACAUAGGCCUAUGAGGUAUGUAUUAUUAAGCUCACUUCACAGAUUUAUUACUACCAUAAUGUGAAAUGCAGACGUGAGAUGUUUGACAAGGACAUAGUAAUGCUUCAGACAGGUGCCUCCAUGAUGGAUCCAAAUCAUUUCCUGAUGAUAAUGCUCAGCCGCUUUGAACUUUAUCAGAUUUUCAGUACUCCAGACUAUGGAAAAAGAUUUAGUUCUGAGAUUACCCAUAAGGAUGUUGUUCAGCAGAACAAUACUCUAAUAGAAGAAAUGCUAUACCUCAUUAUAAUGCUUGUUGGUAAGUUUAGAUUGUUUGAGAAAUUUAUAAUUACAUUAGAGUUUGUGGCUCGAAUGCUCAUCACAGAAGAAAACCUGAUGACCAUUAUCAUUAAGACUUUUAUGGAUCAUUUGAGACAUCGGGAUGCCCAAGGCAGAUUUCAGUUUGAACGAUAUACUGCUUUACAAGCCUUCAAGUUUAGGAGAGUUCAGAGCCUUAUUUUAGAUCUCAAGUACGUUUUAAUUAGCAAACCAACUGAAUGGUCAGAUGAGCUGAGGCAGAAGUUCCUAGAAGGAUUUGAUGCCUUUUUGGAAUUACUUAAAUGUAUGCAGAGGUUGAAACCUGGAUUAACAGGACGAGGCAUGUAUGAAUUGAAACCAGAAUGUGCCAAAGAGUUCAACUUGUAUUUCUAUCACUAUUCAAGGGCAGAGCAGUCCAAGGCAGAAGAAGCUCAACGGAAAUUGAAAAGACAAAAUAGAGAAGAUACAGCACUUCCACCUCCAGUUUUGCCUCCAUUCUGCCCUUUGUUUGCAAGUCUGGUUAACAUUUUGCAGUCAGAUGUUAUGUUGUGCAUCAUGGGAACAAUUCUGCAGUGGGCUGUGGGACAUAAUGGAUAUGCCUGGUCAGAGUCCAUGCUGCAAAGGGUGUUACAUUUAAUUGGAAUGGCACUACAAGAAGAAAAACAACAUUUAGAGAAUAUCAUGGAAGAGCAUGUAGUAACAUUUACCUUCACUCAGAAGAUAUCAAAACCUGGUGAAACGCCAAACAACUCUGCUAGCAUACUAGCCAUGCUGGAAACACUACAAAAUGCUCCCUACCUAGAAGUCCACAAAGACAUGAUUAGGUGGAUAUUAAAGACUUUUAAUGCUAUUAAGAAGAUAAGGGAGAGUUCAUCUACAAGUCCUGUGGCAGAGGCAGAAGGAACCAUAAUGGAAGAGAGUUCAAGAGACAAAGACAAAGCCGAAAGGAAGAGAAAAGCCGAGAUUGCCAGACUACGCAGAGAAAAGAUCAUGGCCCAGAUGUCUGAGAUGCAGCGGCACUUCAUUGAUGAGAACAAAGAACUCUUUCAGCAGACAUUAGAACUGGAUGCCUCAACCUCUGCUGUUCUGGAUAAUAGCCCUAUGGUUUCAGAUAUGGCACUUACAGCAUUGGGCCCCGCACAAACUCAGGUCCCUGAACAGAGACAAUUUGUUACCUGCAUAUUGUGUCAAGAGGAGCAAGAAGUUAAAGUGGAAAGCAGGGCAAUGGUCUUGGCAGCAUUUGUUCAAAGAUCAACUGUAUUAUCAAAAAACAGAAGUAAAUUCAUUCAGGAUCCAGAAAAAUAUGAUCCAUUAUUCACGCACCCAGAUCUGUCUUGCGGAACACACACUGGUAGCUGUGGGCAUAUUAUGCAUGCCCAUUGUUGGCAAAGGUAUUUUGAUUCCGUUCAAGCUAAAGAACAACGAAGGCAACAGAGAUUACGCUUACAUACGAGUUAUGAUGUAGAAAAUGGAGAAUUCCUUUGCCCCCUUUGUGAAUGCUUGAGUAAUACUGUUAUUCCUCUGCUGCUUCCUCCAAGAAACAUUUUCAACAGGUAAGUUUUGGCUCAUAACACCUUAUAACAAAGCAGUAGUUUGCUUUCAAGAUAAAAAAAAAUAAUAAACCAGGAGGAGGAGCUCACUCUAGAUACUGCUUCUUCAGAGAAUUCAGUAAAUAUGGAUGAAUUACAGCUCCCUGAAGGGUUCAGGCCUGAUUUUCAUCCUAAGAACCCUUAUUCUGAGAGCAUAAAAGAAAUGCUAACAACAUUUGGAACCGCUACUUAUAAGGUGGGACUGAAGGUUCAUCCCAAUGAAGAUGAUCCCCGUGUGCCCAUAAUGUGUUGGGGCAGUUGUGCAUACACCAUCCAGAGCGUGGAAAGAAUUUUGAGUGAUGAAGAUAAACCAUUGUUUGGUCCUUUGCCGUGCAGACUGGUGGGCUUGGUGCUUGCUUUCCCUGCGUUGCAGUGUCAGGAUUUUUCAGGGAUAAGCCUUGCCACUGGAGACCUUCACAUUUUCCAUCUGGUUACUAUGGCACACGUCGUACAAAUCUUACUUACCUCAUGUACAGAAGAGAAUGGCAUGGAUCAAGAAAAUUCCACUACUGAGGAAGAACUAGCAGUUCUCGCUUUGUAUAAAACACUUCAGCAGUAUACAGGAAGUGCCUUGAAAGGAAUGCCCUCUGGCUGGCAUCUAUGGAGGAGUGUCAGAGCUGGAAUCAUGCCUUUCCUGAAGUGUUCUGCUUUGUUUUUUCAUUACUUAAAUGGAGUUCCUUCCCCACCUGACAUUCAAGUUUCUGGAACAAGCCAUUUUGAACAUUUAUGUAGCUAUCUUUCCCUACCAAACAACCUCAUGAGCCUUUUUCAAGAAAAUAGUGAGAUAAUGAAUUUUCUGAUUGAAAGGUAUCCAAGAGAAUCUAACAAAUUAAUAGACCUUCCGGAAGAUUACAGCAGCCUCAUUAAUCAAGCAUCCAAUUUCUCGUGCCCCAAAUCAGGUGGUGACAAAAGCAGAGCCCCAACUCUGUGCCUUGUGUGUGGAACUCUGCUGUGCUCCCAGAGCUACUGCUGCCAGACUGAGCUGGAGGGGGAGGACGUAGGAGCCUGCACAGCUCACACCUACUCCUGCGGCUCUGGGGCGGGCCUCUUCCUGAGAGUACGGGAAUGUCAAGUGCUAUUUUUAGCCGGCAAAACCAAAGGCUGUUUUUAUUCUCCUCCUUACCUUGAUGACUAUGGGGAAACUGACCAGGGACUCAGGCGGGGAAAUCCCUUACAUUUGUGUAAAGAGCGAUUUAAGAAGAUUCAGAAGCUCUGGCACCAGCACAGCAUCACAGAGCAAAUUGGACACGCACAGGAAGCAAAUCAGACACUGGUUGGCAUUGACUGGCAGCAUUUAUAAUAUCUUCACUACCAAAAACAUAAACUUGGAUUUUUGUAACACAGUUGGCUUUUCAAGAAAGAGAGUAGGAUAUAAGUUCCGAAUUUUGAAAUAAAUUCUUUAUUUAAAUUUUC